GAUACUAUCGCACACCUCUAUUGUGCACGUGUGUGGUGUGGUUUGUUGUUCAACUAUUUCGGCACACUUAUUGUUAAUUAAAAUAAUGCCUGCCGCCCACGCAGCCAGCAGCAAUGGGAAGCCCACCGAGCAGCACAAGUCCUGGAAGAAGGUGAACGAAGAGAGGAAGGCGCUUAAGCGUCAGCGCAAGCAGGACAAGGUGCUUAAGGAGCUGCAGCAGGCCAAGGAGGCGGAAACCAAAGCGGAGCAGGCCGCCAAUGAAGCCCAGAGCAAGAAUCAGCCCUAUCCGUCCACUCUGAGUAUAGCUGUGCCCGGCUCCAUCCUCGAGAAUGCUCAAUCAGCCGAAUUGCGGGCCUAUGUUGCCGGUCAAAUAGCCCGUGCUGCCUGCAUAUUUCGGGUGAACGAAGUAAUUGUCUUUGACGACGUAGGUAUAGCAACGGCCCGCGAAACAAAACGCAGUUACGAGCCUGAUGCGGAAGGCAGUGGCACAGGCACUGUGCGAAGCAGCUCCCUUCAACUGGCUCGGAUCCUUCAGUAUCUGGAGUGCCCUCAGUAUCUGCGAAAAUACUUUUUCCCGCUGCACAAGGACCUCAAGUACUCUGGGCUGCUAAAUCCUCUUGAUACUCCGCAUCAUCUCCGGCAGCAGAGCAAGUUUCGGUACCGUGAGGGUGUCAUCUGCGACAAGAAGGCCAAAGAGGGACACAGUUACGCCAACGUUGGACUGCUCAACGAUGUUCUGGUGGACAAGGCCAUCGAGCCGGGCGUCAGGGUGACCGUGAAAAUGGAACCUCAAAGUGAGAACAGCAGAAGGCAGCGGGGAACUCUCGUUAGCCCGGAUGAGCCACGCCGGGAAACUGGCGUCUAUUGGGGCUACCAGGUGCGCAUUGCACAUUCACUGUCAGAGAUUUUCACCAAAUCACCAUACGAAUCCGGCUACGAUCUUACGCUGGGAACCUCAGACCGCGGCACCAACGUGCACGAGGUGCCCAACCGAUCGUAUAGCUUUAAGCAUAUGCUGAUCGUAUUCGGAGGACUGCAAGGUCUGGAAUCUGCGCUGGCCAACGACGAGAAGCUAACCGUUGAUGAUCCAGAGUUGCUGUUCGAUCACUACGUAAAUGUUUUGCCACGCCAAGGAUCUAGAACCAUUCGGACCGAAGAAGCCUUGCUGAUUGCUUUGGCUGCUCUCCAGGAGAAACUACAACCGGCAGUGGCUGAUGUGGAGACCGAUUUGAGUGAUCUUUUGCCUAAAAGUGAGGAUACUGGCAUUGCUGUGCGACGUGACGUUUUAGUUAGUAAAAAGCAAAAGAAAAGGAAGGCAGUGGAUGAGACUUCAGUAACACCAGUGGAAAUCGAACCCACUCCUCCGAAACUAUUGCCUAAGGUGGCUCGAAAGACAGCAAAUCCCUUUGGAGAACCCCCUGAGAAGAGUUUAGAUAAAACUACCAUUGUAGAUGAUGACUUCGAAGUAGUUACAUCCACCACAAUUCCUGGAACAAAGCAAUCAAGUGGAAAUGACGACUUGAGUCGAUUCGAUUGAAUGAAAUAGUUGGAAUUUUUAUUUUUGUAAAUAUACAGAUCCAUAUAUGUUGCUUAAA